AUGCGGUGGUUUGCCAUUUGUGUUGAUGAUACGUCAAAGAAAGGGAGAUACACAAACACUGUCAAUCUGCUCCGGAAAUAUUUUGGGGAUUUUCUAAUAGCUACCUACUUGAAUGCUGUGCAAGAGUCCCGUUACGAUGAUGGAUAUAUAAGUGGAAUUGAGCGGGAAGUACUUUUGAAGACUCUUGAUACAUUAUGGAAAAACCAUUUGGUAAACAUGAACAAGCUUAGUUCUGCUGUCAACGUUCGGAGUUUUGGACACAGAAAUCCUCUGGAAGAAUACAAGAUCGAUGGCUGCCGCUUCUUCAUCUCAAUGUUGAGCUCCACACGACGUCUCACCGUGGAAUCCCUACUGCACUACUGGUCGUCUCCCAAGGAAUCCGAAGAGAUCUUCAACACAGAGGAUCAAUAG